AUGGAGUUAAUGAAAAUUUUCUAUAUUUGGACUGUUUUAUCGGUUAUUUUACUACAAAGUGUGAUGAUAGGAAGUGAACAAACCUCUUUUGAGUUGCCUGUUCAGUUGGUGGGAUUUCCGUUUAUCAUAUUGGCGGUUAGGAUCACGAAUUUUAUAAAGAAGCUCUCGUACGCUUUGAGUCCAGCUACAUACCGAUCAAGAAGCCGUCGUGAGCUGACAUUUGCGAGUGAGACGUCGGAUCCCUUCGACGCGCAGGAGGUAGAGAAGUACAUCACAGCUGAGUUUGGUGCGCGUGCGUGUGUGUUUGAGCGCGUGUGUGCACAUUACGCGACACGUGCACGCAAACACCCAAAACCUCAAAUGGAUUGGCCUGAUGUUUUUAGUCAAUACAAGCGGUCACCGGACCAAUCUAAGGAGUUGUACCUCCUGAGUGUAUUCCUCGGCGACAUCGUGGGAUCUCCUCUUCUAUGCCAUCAGCUCGGAAAGAGAAGAGGCUGCGAUGAAAAUCUUCUAGGAAAUACUAACAGUAACUCAUAG